AUGUCUUUUGUAGAGCAAAAACAAGUUUUGAUAGAUGGCCAACUUCAUAUUUUACGUUUUGGCGGCCCUUCACGUGAACUUUAUAUGGGCAACUUUCCAUUCAAAGGGGCAUUUGGAGGUCCAAAAAUUAAAGCAUCUAUUAAUGGGAAGAUGCAUGAAAUUAGUCUUUGCGGCCCUCCUCCAGAAGUUAGAAUUGACCCGGAACCGAGUUAUGAAUUAAUGAGAUAUAUGCCUGCAAUUAGACAACAACAAAUAAUACCUCAACAAAUCUCAACAAAUAAACUUCAGCAACCUAAAUCGGAAGCAAAAAAGGAUCCUGUAUUUGAUGUUACCAGUCUACUCCAAAGAUUAAUAAAUUCGGGUUAUCUAUCACAACCUAAUCAAGUUGAACGAAAAAAUCAUGAAAGACAAGCUGCUAUCGAAGCAAGAAAUACAACUUUGGGCCGUUCAAAUUCUCCUCCAGUGCCUUGUGCCCAUCGUUUUGAACAUUCGGAAAGGAGAGCAAUGCCAAUGGCUGGCUUUGAUUUGUUUAGUAUGCGUUCUUUGAUUAUUCGUUAUGAUUCAGUUAUUGACUCAAUUCACAAACAACGUCAUUGUUGCCAAGAUUGUUGUAUUGGAUUUAAAGACCUUUAUAGUGAACAACAUCAACAACAUGCAAAAUUGCAUUUAAAUGAAGAAAUAACGAAGGACCCUAAAACUAAAAAGGAUUUUACUCCAAAAAACCAACCUUGGUUUAUGUUGGAUGAUUGGUUCAAAUAUUCUGAAUAUGAUCAAGUCAAUGAAAUUAACUUUGCUAGCGAUAAAUUUCAACUAAGACAAUCUUCUCCUGGUGGUAUUGAUGAUAAUUUGGGUGUAGUUGAUGCUGACUCUAUUAAAAAUAAAGAGUGUUGUGUAUGUAAUGAACGUUUUGAGGUGAAAUGGGAUGAUGAUGGAGAUGCUUGGAAGCUUCUCGAUUCCGUUGUUGUUGAUGGAAAGGCUUUCCACACGUAUUGCAGAGACGAUGUAGCAGCAAUGUCAUCAUCAUUUGCAACAAUUAAUGAUGACAAAUGA